UAUAUCAUCCCAAUUCCCUCUUAGCAUCAGCCGCAACAAUCAAGCUACACAUACUACCAUAAAAAUGCAGUCAUUUUGUAGCUUUACGUUGAACACUCUUACAAUGACCUUUUGCAUGGUUUUCUUGCUUUUGGUCUGCACGUUGAGUUCUGCAUCUUCAUCACCACUUAGAGUUGGUUUUUAUAAAUCAUCUUGCCCAUCCGCGGAAUCAAUUGUUAGACAAGCAGUAAAUGAAGGCGUGUCCCGCAACCCAGGCUUUGCUGCUGGCCUUAUAAGGAUGCAUUUCCAUGACUGCUUUGUCAGGGGCUGUGAUGGUUCUGUGCUACUAAAGUCCACACCAGGAAAUCAAGCUGAAAGAGACCAUCCUGCUAACAAUCCCAGCUUGAGAGGUUUCGAGAUAAUUGACGAGGCCAAAGCUCAGAUUGAGGCAAUAUGUCCACAAACUGUUUCAUGCGCGGACAUUCUUGCUUUUGCUGCUAGAGACAGUACUUACAAAGCUGGAGGACUAAAUUAUGCUGUUCCAGCGGGACGUCGAGACGGGCGUGUCUCCAUUUUCAAGGAAGUUGAACAAAACUUACCUCCUCCCAUCUUCAAUGCAGAGCAAAUCAUUCAAAAUUUUGCGCGAAAAGGGAUGUCGGUAGAUGAGAUGGUGACAUUGUCUGGAGCACAUUCUCUUGGUGUCUCACACUGCUCUUCAUUUUCUAACCGUCUCUACUCCUUCAAUGCAACUCAUAAACAAGAUCCUUCGUUGGAUCAUAGAUUUGCAGCUAUGUUGAAAAACAAAUGCCCUCCAUCUAGUAAUGGAGGAGCUGCCAGAGAUCCAACAGUUCCGCUUGAUCCUACACCUACUCGUCUUGACAAUAAGUACUACAUGGAGUUGAAGCACCGUCGCGGAGUAUUGACUUCGGACCAGACACUGAUGAGCAGCCCUUCCACAAGAGGAAUGGUGGUGGACAAUGCAAGACAUGCUUCAACUUGGGCUAACAAAUUUGCCAAGGCAAUGGUGCAUAUGGGUUCCAUUGAUGUUCUCACAGGUAGACAAGGUGAAAUCAGGAAGUAUUGCAGUUUCGUGAAUUAAGGGGUGGCCUGCUUAAAUGGAUUCAAAUUCUUCCCAUUUCAACAUUCUAUCAUUCUUUCUUUUUUCCUUACAGUUUUUGACUUUGUCUGAUUCUAAUUUCUUAUUUUGAAAUUACGUUUGGUUAUCCUACAAGUGUAAAUUUUUUCGAUCAUGUAAUCCCUUCUCCAAUUGUAACUAUUACAGUAUACAUGUCCUGUAACAGAAAUCGAUUUAAUUCAAUGAAUGUAA